AGUAACUCUUUCUAUUAGCUUUCUCUCCCUCAAGUGCUACUCGCUGGAUUUUAUCCUUCAAACGUAAGCGCUGUCUGCACGAACAUGAACACGAGCACGAGCACCAGCAUGAGCAUGAGCAUGGGCAUGAACUUCGCUUUCUCCACCAUCUUUGACACCAUGCCACUAUCUUCAUGCGACGAUCCAAAACCUUCCAACGUUGCUGGCUUCAUGGACAUGCUCGCUCUUCCUGAUUAUUCUUCUUCUUUAUUUGAUUGGCCUCAAAGCAUCGCCGCCACGUCAGCACCACCGCCACCCCAAACCACCCACGCGCUUCCCUCGCCGCCCGGAGGCUCCGAGGUCCUCAACACUCCGCCGUCGCCCAACUCCUCGUCGGUUUCCUCCUCCUCGAAUGAAGCCUCCGCCACCGCCGCCGCCGCCGCCGUCAACAAAGCAACGGAAAAUGAAAAUGAAGCAGAAGAAGAAACCAUGGAGGCAGGCAAAGGAGAAGAAGACAAAGAUCAAGACAAGACUAAGAAACAGCUCAAGCCAAAGAAGAAGAACCAAAAGAAGCAGAGAGAGCCAAGAGUUGCUUUCAUGACAAAGAGUGAAGUGGAUCACCUUGACGAUGGUUAUCGGUGGCGCAAGUACGGUCAGAAAGCCGUGAAAAACAGCCCACAUCCCAGGAGCUACUAUCGGUGCACUACUGCGAAUUGUGGUGUGAAGAAGCGCGUGGAGCGUUCCUCAGAGGAUCCUUCAGUAGUGAUGACAACGUAUGAGGGCACACACACGCACCCCAGCCCCGCGGCGUCACGAGUGGGACUCGGGUUCGUGCAUGAAGUAAGUGGGUUGGGAGGCACAACUGGUGUGGCUUCGACAAACUAUGCGUUGCGACAACAACAGUUACAUCGCCAACAGGAGUUGGAGCAACGAGCACAUGCAGCAGCUGUGUUAUAUAACUCCACCUCAACGACACCUUUGGAUGUUAUUAACACGUCUUCUUGCAUUAACUAUGGCAAUACGUCGUCGUUGAGUGCCUUCCUUCAGAACCAAGAGAUUCAUCCAGGUUUUGUACCAUCUAGGGUGGUGAAUCCUCAUGCUUUUGUGAGGGAUGAUGGGCUUCUUCAGGACAUUAUUGUGCCAACGCAGAUGAGGAAUGAGGGUAAUGAAGAUCAUGCGUAGGUGAUGAUCAUCAAGAUGUAAUCAUAUUUUGGAUCAAUUAGUUCAUUAUUUAAUUAAUGAUUCAACUUAUGAUGAUAUUAAUUAUUUUAAUUAUUUGCUUGUAUAUUAAUUAUAUUAUAUAUGUUGGUAUGGUAUAUGUAUGGUUGGUUGGUUCUCUAGCUAACUGAACACAUGAUGGAAAAUGAAAACCUCUAUGGGCCUCUUGGGGGUGUUUUUUCUUAAUUUGUUCAAUUACUUGCUUGCGGUGAAAUCUUUUAGCUAGUUGCACCUUUUCCAACUCAGAUACUAAUGGCAGAGAGACUUUAUGUGAGAAAGAGAAAGUCAAGAACGUAGGUUAACAAGCAAUGGAGCAAGGAACUCUAUCUAUAUGAUGA